AUGACUCACAUUAGUGUCCUUGAGGUAUGUUACGACGACCUUGGCUGCUUCUCCAAUACUCCGCCUUUCUUUAGUGUACAGCGCCCCCUGUCGCUCCUGCCACAAAGUCCAACGGACGUGGGUACAUCUUUCGGACUCUUCACCAGAGAUAACUCGACAGCAGGGGAGAGACAGACACUGCAGGCCGGAAGGGACGAUCUUCUGGAAAAUUCCACCUUUGACGGAGGGAGAAAGACGAAAAUCAUCAUACACGGAUUUCGGAAUGAUGGGAACAAAGCGUGGAUCUACAACUUGACAGACGAACUUCUGAAGGAGGGCGACUAUAACGUGAUCGUUGUCGACUGGAAGAACGGAGCCACCCCUCCAUACACACAGGCGGCCGCUAACACACGGGUCGUGGCCGCCGAGACGGAGAGACUCAUCCGCUACCUCAACAACAGGACCGGGGCGGACUGGACACAGAUGCACAUAAUCGGACACAGUCUGGGCGCCCAUACCGCGGGGUACGUGGGGCAUGGACUGGGCAGUCUCGGUAGGAUCUCAGGUUUGGAUCCCGCGGAGCCUUACUUUGAGCACACGGACCCGCUGGUGAGGAUAGACCCUGGUGAUGCAACGUUCGUGGACAUCAUCCACACUGACGGCUCCAGUAUUCUCACGCUAGGCUUCGGGCUUGACCAGCCGGUGGGCGACGUCGACUUUUACCCAGAAGGCGGUGCGCGACAGCCCGGAUGUGGCACGGGGAGUAUCACCUCCAAUAUUGACAUUGGAGUCAUCACAGACGCGGCUAAGAACGCCUUAAGCUGCAGCCACUCCAGAGCCAUUGAACUGUUUACUGAGUCCAUCAACUCCCAGUGUCAGUUCACGGCCUACCCCUGCUCAAGUUGGGAUGAGUACGCGGCGGGAGAAUGUAGUGAUUGCGGUGGCAGCUGUUCUGUGAUGGGUUUCCACGCGGACAAACAUGGCGGCAGGGGAUCCCUGUACCUCAACACCAACGACAGAGACCCAUUCUGUUGGAAGAAAUAA